ACAGCAUUAGAUACUUCCUGUAGUCUGCGAGGUGACUGUCAAGGCCAAGUCAAGUGUAGUACGUUAUAUUUUGCGGCAAUGUCAUACUCUUCAACUUCAGUGUCAACCUCUCCAAUUGAUGGUCAGAAGCCAGGAACAAGCGGGCUGAGAAAGGCUGUCAAAGUGUAUUUGCAAAAAAACUAUACAGAGAAUUUUGUGCAAAGUAUUUUGGAAGGGGGUCUUGGUAGUAUAGAAGGCUCGACAUUGGUAAUCGGAGGAGAUGGUCGGUACUAUGAAAAAGAGGCAGCGUUACUCAUUAUCCAGAUGUGUGCAGCUAAUGGGGUAGGUCUGAUAUAACAUGCAAUGUUCUAUCUUUUUUCAGUUGCAGUAGUCUUUAAUAAUAGAUUGCACCUAUUAAAAUGGUGAUUGUUGAUAGGGUAAAAGUACACAAAAUAAUACCUUACUAAGAUGUUCCUGAUUCAGCCUGCGAUAUAUUGCAGAAAUUUUUUAGCCUAUUAAUUGCACGAUAAUAAACUGAACUGAACUGGUGAUACAGUGUGUACUGGAAGACACGACACAAUUUCUUGUUAGUUUUGUUAAAUUGUGAUGUUUACGCUACUGCUGUCUAUGUGAUGAAUAAUAUGAUCUUCUGUUCAUGAUUGCAAGAAAAAGCUUGCAUCACAAAGUGAGGAGCUCACUCCAAUGAUUACACAUGUGAGUCAUGUAAUUUGCUCUUCAUCAGCUAAAAAAGUGCUAGAAGGAAAAAUGUUACCGAGGAAAAAUGUUACCGUCACUAGUAUUUCAUUGAGAACCCAUAGAUAAAAUAAAUUGUUUGAAAACUACCACAAAUACUUUUGAUUCCCAUACCUUCGUUGAUUUUGUUGUUGUUGAUAAUUACUUGGUUUUAAAAAAACCCAUCAAAAUUAAAUAUCACAUCACAAUGCACUGUUUACAUCAACUGCAUUAGAUUUUCUAUGUUAAAUGAAUAAGCAGAUCAAAUUCUAAAGUCAUGUUGCAAGAUGUUAAGGGUCUUCACUUGUCUCAAUGGUCGCACCGUAAAACAUUAUGUGUUCUGAUAAUGAAAAAGUGUGAAAUUGUCAUAAUCAUUCAUUAGUCUCCUAUUGUUUUUGCUCGAUCAGUUCUUAUUAUUCUUCCUCUUCUUCUUUCACAUGUCUAAAACUGUCUGCAGCCGUUCUCCGUAAUCCAGUGUUGAUGAUGGAAGUAUUAGAUAUGAUAGGCUGAUGUAUCUAGAUGCACAGAUUUUUUUGGAUUUUAGAUUGAAGGGAAUUAAGGUGUCUAAAGUAAUAGUGGCUCACAAUGCCUUGAUGUCAACACCAGCUGUAUCCUGUGUAAUCCGUAAAUACAAAACUAAUGGUGGCAUUAUACUGACUGCCAGUCACAAUCCUGGGGGUCCAGAUGCUGAUUUUGGGAUAAAAUUUAACACAGAGAAUGGAGGUCCAGCUCCAGAAAAUGUCACUGACAAAAUAUUUGAAAGGACACGGAAUAUUAACCAGUACAAAAUCUGUCCAGAUCUGAAGGUUGACCUGUCCAAAAUUGGUCAGUCUGUAUACACCGUUGAUGGCCGAGAAUUCACAGUCCAGAUUAUAGACUCUGUAUCAGAUUAUGUGGAGUAUAUGAAGGAAAUAUUUGACUUUCCUUCACUGAAAAAUUAUCUGUCUUCAGGAAAACAAGUUCUAAUGGAUUCCAUGAAUGGAGUCAUGGGACCUUAUGUGAAAAGAGUAAUAUGUGAAGAACUUGGCGCCCCAGAAACAAGUGUAGUUAACUGCACCCCACUAGAAGAUUUUGGAGGAAAACAUCCGGAUCCCAAUCUGACCUAUGCAGCAGAUUUGGUGGCAGAGAUGGCAAAAGGACAACAUGACUUUGGUGCAGCAUUUGACGGUGAUGGAGAUAGAAACAUGAUCCUAGGAAAGAAUGCCUUCUUUGUGACUCCUUCAGACUCUUUAGCUGUUUUAGCACACUAUCUGGAAUGUAUACCAUAUUUCAAAAAGACAGGGGUCAAAGGUUAUGCUCGUAGUAUGCCAACAAGUGGAGCAGUAGACAGAGUUGCUAAAACCAAGAACCAGAAAUGCUAUGAAGUGCCCACUGGGUGGAAAUUUUUUGGCAAUUUGAUGGAUGCUGGCUGUUUGUCACUUUGUGGUGAGGAGAGCUUUGGUACUGGGUCUGACCACAUCCGAGAGAAAGAUGGACUGUGGGCAAUUCUGGCCUGGCUGUCUGUCUUGGCCAAUCAGAAUUGCAGUGUGGAGCAGUGUGUGAAAAAUCACUGGCAAACUUAUGGGAGGAAUUUCUAUACAAGAUAUGAUUACGAAAACUGUGAAACUGGCCAAGCUAACAAAAUGAUGGACCAUUUAAAUGCAUAUGUUGGUGAUGAGUCGAAUAUUGGAAAAGAGUACAGCGCUAAAGACAAGACCUACAAAGUAGCUAAGGCAGAUAACUUCUCCUAUACGGACCCUGUGGAUAACAGUGUCAGUAAAAAUCAGGGUAUUCGUCUGAUCUUUGAGGACGGCUCCCGCAUCAUUUUCCGCCUCAGUGGGACAGGAAGUAGUGGUGCCACUAUUCGUAUGUACGUGGAAGGGUACGAGAAUGAUCCAGCUAAAUACGAAAUGGAUCCUCAGGUUGUGUUGCGGCCAUUAAUUGACAUUGCACUGAUGGUGUCCAAGCUUUCUGAGUUGACGGGACGAGAUUCACCCACAGUCAUCACAUAAAAGAUGAAGCAUAUAUAAUAUAAUCAAUUAAUUACAAGUUCCAAGGUGGCUUCAAAGCUAUACGAUAUUCUUUUUUCACAUAUUUGUAAACCACUGACACAAUUGUUAUGUUACUGACUUUAACUGAAUUACUCUGCAAGGAUUUUAGUGGAUAUUCAUUUUACAAUAUAUGUUUUGUUGUUUAUAACUUUGCUCAAGCUUUUUGUGUAUCAGAUAACCUUAGACCUUUUGCUAAUAUAUCUUUAGGUCAAGUACUUAUGUACAGUUUACCCAUUGUAUAACCAUACAGGUAACAUUAAAGCUAUAUUCAGUGGGUCCAGUCCUUGGACAUGUGCCACCUUUCAGUGUUGACAUAAUAUUUACAUGUACAAGUGUGCUGACAAAAAUGGGUCAAGUGCAGAUUAAGCAGAUACUGGCAGAAUCAGGUUACCUGAUUGUAGAUGAGCUAUAAAGCAAUAGCAAAUGAAGUAUAACUCUAUCAAGAGUUGAAGAGACUGCUUAAUUUGUCCACAGUCGGGGUAUGAAAUAAUGACCACUCAUGUCUGUUUGAUAGCCAAAUUAAUCAAAGGGAAUGCAUGCCCCUGCAGUGAAUCUCUUUGCAAAAUUAAUUUUAAUACUUUAUGCAGAAUUUAGUACCAAUUUUUACACACAAUAGCUUGAUGCUGUUGCCAUGGGAUUUUAUUUUUGUGGAUGGUUCAUUAGCACAAGCAGUACUAUACCUCUUCCUUUGUAGUGUGUGGCUCGAGGGCAGGAUUUUUAGCUAGCAUGUGACAAUUAUUAGCCCUCUUCAUGCAUGGUGCUUUUAUUUGAUUGUUAAAAUUCUUUAUAUGUGUUAAUUUAAUCAAUACAGUUUAAAUAAACCAUUAUCACAAAGUUAUGUGCAUAUUCCUUUUUAAGAUGACAAAUAUUGUCAAGUUUGUAUAAUAUGGAUUUCUAAUUUUAGAUCGUACUAUGUAUUGAUUGGAAAUAUUUGUUGCAUAGGGAAAAAACAACAUUUAAAACACUUUUAAAAAGUUUCAUUCCAACAUUAGAAGGUUUAUAUGUAUUCACUGGGUAUAUUAUCCUAAUUCAUUUUUUGUUUAUCAAUAUACGGCACACCAUCCUAAUCUUGGAAUAAAAUUGUAUUUAUUUUGAUGUUGUUAAAAAUAUAUUCAAACAUCAAUAAUGAAAUUUUGAAAUUAGAAGGUUUAGGCCUAUUGUUUUUUCAAUGUCAAACCUGUGUUAAGUGAUUUAGGCACAAAACAAGAUAGAAAAACAGUAAUGAUAUCAGGCUUAGGAUAAUUGAAUUUGAUGCACAUAUUCAACAACCAUAGACAGCUAGGUAGUAUUAUAUAGUAUCUCUAAAUGUCCAUAGAUCAGCUUGCAUCUUAUGGAAAAGAUACAUAUACUAGAUAGAAUACUAAUUAUAAGGGUAGGAUCCCCAUGAUGAAAGGAAGUUAUCCAUUAUUUCACAAGGUCCAAGUCAUACUUUGUGUAUUUGCAUUCAUGGAAGGAAUUUGAGAAUGAACAUUUUAUCAAUACUCUCAGAUUGAAAAGAAUGCCAUCAGAGCGUUUUUUAAAACAAAAGAAUAGGCUUUUUUUGACUACUACUGCAUUACUGAAUAUAUUGAAUGGGCAUAGUUUGCAGUGCGAUGGUUGCUCUCGUUAGUUAAAAAAUCAUGGAGAACUCAAACUUGUUGCCUUUUGAUUGGUAUUGACCUUGCAUUUUGAUCUACUAAAUUAACCAGCCAGGUAACAAUUAAAAGGGACAAGGAAUAUGACUGAUAAUUAUUGUGCAUAAAUUGUCAUGUUUUCCAUUAUAGUUGGUGAAGUACUGGUAUCUCACAUACCCAACAAACUAGACAGUGAUUCCUUAUAUUCAUAUAUCAUAAAAAUGAAGAUUAGAGGCAAAAUACUGCCUAAUAUAAAGUAAAAUACAUGACUUUCUGUAGUCCAAGUUGCCCAUUGAAAAUAAAAAAUUUACAUCCAGACGUGUCUGGGGAAGUUAAUGUAUUGGAGCUUCAAUUUAGGGUUAUUGUAGAGAAAAGGUUGGAAAGUGUAAAUGUGUAUGCAUGGAAGUCUUCCAUUACUAUCAUUAUGAGGCAUACCUAAUAAGGAUACACACUACGACUGUAAGCAGUGUUAACAUGUUUAAAUGAAUUGUAAACAUUUGAUGCAUGGAUAGGUAUAUAAACAUGAAAAGCAUGUUUAAAAUUUAAAGAAAGCAUAUACCUUUUCAAAUGGUAAUAUUUUUAAAAAAAAAUUAUGUUGUAUAGUUCUGUAUAGAGGGCAGUUUCCUCUAUUGUAGGGACAUUUUAUGCAAUUUGGAGAGGAUUAUUAUAUAUAGAAACAUGCUCGAGUAUAUACAGAUAUAGUUUGUAGCAUGCAUCAUUCAGCCAGUAUUAAUCCAGUUUUAUUUCAUUACAUACUUAUAGACAAGUAUGUUAUCAAAAUAUACCCCGGUAUGUAUAUUUAGUACUUGGAUCUGAUUAGAAUUUUAUUUUGUCAAAACAGCACAACAUAAUUUAACUUCCAUUUGCCAAUUCCAUAUGGCACUUUAUCAAGUCCUAAAUCCGGAGUCCCAUGCAAUUACAUGUACCACGCAUGCUUUAAGGAUUAUACUGGUUGGCAAUUUCCUUCAAUGGAUGCCUAUGUCACAAUCAAAUACUCCCUGCGAACCAUAUUCAAGCAGGAAGGUUUACUUCCAUUAAUAUAAUAUCAAAACAGAAGUAAAAUUUCAUUUCUUUAUUUUUGAAAAUGCAUCAUGACUGAGUUUUACAGUUCACUCUGACAAGCUUUAGUAUGUCAACAAUUCUGGUCCAUUUACCAAGUGUUGAAAACAUAAGCUUUACUAAACAAGCAGUAUCAUUUUUAAAUACUCUUCUCCAUACAUUUAUAAAAUAAUCGUAAUCGACUUUAAAAAGUCAUUAAAACAUCUAUAAUUUUUUGAUCCAAAUUUUGACAACAGAAAUAUAGAAAAGUAAAGAAUCUUGGUAAAAUAUUAAUUUUUUGAUCGGUAAUAUUCCCAGAACUAAACAUCAAAAUAAAAUCAAGUGUGGAAUGGUAAUCAGAACACAUAGUUAUUGAGCAUUGCAAAAUUUUAUCAGCAAAUUUCCUUGGGAAAUUUUUUUCACACAAAAAAAAAACCACUUUUAAAAAUCAUGAAAAAAUAUAGCAAAAAACUGACAAUAACAGAUUACUUUUUCUCACAUGUAGCAUGUUGUUAUCACUGGCUUCAAUUCUGGCACAGUAGCACUUUCUUGAUAAACCAUACAUAAUAUAAAACCCGUUCAGCAUCCCAAAAAAUUGUUUGUCAACACGCCAUGCUUUGCAAUUCCAAGCAAGUCUCCUAACAGUAACCACUCUUUGAGAUCCAAGACUUGCAAGGACUGCAAGGAACAUGGCCUUACUUGUAAUCUAUGUGAAUUACAGAUCUUACUAUGCCAACGCAGUCAGAAUCAAUGGUAUUGUAACAUUUCAAUCCCAUACCAUGAUCUAGCACUAAAUCAGACGAUGUCAAUUUCUCUUAACUGACAGUUUUCCCCAUCACCCACCCCAUACUACACAACUUUCUUUUUAAAAUGAAUAUGGAUGGCUGUUAAGGUUUCUAAAAGAACACAAGUGUUCAGACUUUAUUUUUUCUUUUACAAUUAUGACUGAAUAACAAGCUCGAUAUAAAAUGCGUUUGUUUUUAACAUUUUUUUCAACAAGUAUUGGCAACAACAAGCUCAUACACAAGGCAGUCUUGAAUAUCAAUUUUUCAAUUCUAAACAUCACAGUUGUACAUCGAGUUAUCACAUGAAUAUCCUGUUGCCAUCCAGGAAUUCCUCUAUGACUAUUUUUAGCACUUCGACACUCACAAAAAAACAAGAGGUAUUAUAUUGUAUAACAACAACGGAUUUCAAUUUUUUCAGGCCUUAGCUCCUCAGACAUGUAUUGUGUCUUGCUUCUAGCACAUACAAUUACC